GAAGAACCAAGUUUUAACCACCAACAUUUGGCUGCACAUGUCUUGGACAGAUCACUAUUUACAAUGGAAUAUGUCAGAGUAUCCGGGCGUGAAGACUGUUCGAUUCCCAGAUGGCCAGAUUUGGAAACCAGACAUUCUUCUCUAUAACAGUGCGGACGAGCGGUUUGAUGCCACCUUCCACACCAAUGUUCUGGUGAAUUCUUCGGGGCAUUGCCAGUACCUCCCUCCAGGCAUAUUCAAGAGCUCCUGCUACAUCGAUGUGCGCUGGUUCCCCUUUGAUGUGCAGCAGUGCAAACUGAAGUUUGGGUCCUGGUCUUACGGAGGGUGGUCCUUGGAUCUGCAGAUGCAGGAGGCAGACAUCAGUGGCUAUAUCCCAAACGGAGAAUGGGACCUCGUGGGAAUCCCAGGCAAGAGGAGUGAGAGGUUUUAUGAGUGCUGCAAAGAGCCUUACCCAGAUGUCACCUUCACAGUGACCAUGCGCCGCAGGACCCUCUACUAUGGCCUCAACCUGCUCAUCCCCUGUGUGCUCAUCUCAGCCCUUGCCUUGCUAGUGUUCCUGCUCCCUGCAGACUCUGGAGAGAAAAUCUCCCUUGGGAUCACGGUUUUGCUCUCUCUCACUGUCUUCAUGCUGCUUGUGGCUGAGAUCAUGCCAGCAACAUCCGAUUCAGUGCCGUUGAUAGCCCAGUACUUUGCCAGCACCAUGAUCAUCGUGGGCCUCUCAGUGGUGGUGACGGUGAUUGUGCUGCAGUACCACCACCACGACCCUGACGGUGGCAAGAUGCCCAAGUGGACGCGAGUCGUCCUGCUGAACUGGUGCGCGUGGUUCCUACGCAUGAAGCGGCCCGGGGAGGACAAGGUGCGGCCGGCCUGCCAGCACAGGGCGCGCCGCUGCAGCCUGGCCAGCGUGGAGAUGAGCGCGGUGGCAGCGCCGCCUGCAGGCAACGGGAACCUGCUGUACAUCGGCUUCCGCGGCCUGGAUGCCGUGCACUGCGCGCCGACGCCAGACUCGGGCGUGGUGUGCGGCCGCCUGGCCUGCUCGCCCGCGCACGACGAGCACCUCCUGCGCAGCGGCCAGCCCCCCCAGGGGGACCCGGAGCUGGCCCAGAUCCUGGAGGAGGUGCGCUACAUCGCCCGGCGCUUCCGCGGCCAGGACGAGAGCGAGGCGGUGUGCAGCGAGUGGAAGUUCGCCGCCUGCGUGGUGGACCGCCUGUGUCUCAUGGCCUUCUCCGUCUUCACCAUCAUCUGCACCAUCGGCAUCCUCAUGUCGGCGCCCAACUUCGUGGAGGCCGUGUCCAAAGACUUCGCGUGACGGCAUCAGGCUGUGCGCGGUGGAAACGUGCGGAGGGGCAGAGGCAUCGGCGGGUGAGAACUCGGGUGCGAAUCCCACGGCAGCAUUGAACGUGACAACCCAAUGUACUCUGAGGGCCAUCAGCAGUGUCGGUCACAGUCCCCUCGUUACAUUCGGUAAUGGGAUCUGAGCACCUUUUUGUUUAAUCCUCUUGGGUGGGCUAAUCCAUACCCUCGCACAUCCUUAAGGUCAGUCAGCAGGGCCACUGAGAGAUCAUUCUGUCCAUCCACCCGCUUCCCGGAGAGCCCUUCAGAGUGGUCCCAGCUCUGGACGUCCAGGGGACAUCUGUUUAGUUGGCUUUGCAUGCCUGCAUGUCACUUGCCAUGAAGCCCUACAUGAAAAUUCAGCAUAUGCUUUUACCUGUGUACAAACCGAGAUUAAAACUAAUAAUACUAAUAAACCCAACUCGCUAAAUCCAUACAAACAAUUGGUGAAAAGAAAACUAAAACUAAACACCCAUCUGCUGUUU